GUCUUCUCUUCUUUGAGCUUCUUAAACUUCACAUACACACCGUCUCAACAUGGCACCCAAGAAGGCCAAGAGGAGGGCAGGUGGAGGAGAGGGAUCCUCCAACGUGUUCUCCAUGUUCGAGCAGAGCCAGAUCCAGGAGUACAAAGAGGCUUUCACAAUCAUUGACCAGAACAGAGACGGCAUCAUCAGCAAGGACGACCUGAGGGACGUGUUGGCCUCAAUGGGCCAGCUGAACGUGAAGAAUGAGGAGCUGGAGGCCAUGAUCAAGGAGGCCAGCGGCCCCAUCAACUUCACCGUCUUCCUCACCAUGUUUGGAGAGAAGCUGAAAGGCGCUGAUCCCGAGGACGUCAUCGUGGCCGCUUUCAAGGUCCUGGACCCCGAGGGCACAGGAACCAUCAAGAAGCAGUUCCUGGAGGAGCUUCUGACCACUCAGUGCGACAGGUUCUCCGCAGAGGAGAUGAAGAACCUGUGGGCCGCCUUCCCCCCAGAUGUGGCCGGCAACGUUGACUACAAGAACAUCUGCUACGUCAUCACACACGGCGAGGAGAAGGAAGAGUAAGAGCAGAAGUAAAGAAGAAGAAGAGAUGAACGCGCGUCCCUCACAACCGCUCCGCCCAGCCAGCCCGUCCUUUAUCCCUCCUUUUCUUGCUUCCUUCCUUUUUGUUACUCUCGAGCACUUCGUUCCUUCCACGCACUUCUCCGAAAGACUCGUCCCGUAAACACGCCGGCGCAGGAAAUCCGUGUGUGGCGUCUGUCCGUGGGGGAAAAAAAAAAAAAAAA